UGACUUCUUCAUCAUUUGUUUGUUGUCUGUUUUCAGGAUGAGGCAACCUAAUAUUUAUAUUGUACCAGACUGUGAUAGGACAGAGCUAACUACAGAUAGUUAUAAUUCUAUAUUGAACUAUGUAAGGGACGAGACAUGUUCUAAAGAACCUGUAAUUAUAUGCUGUGAUAAAAUAAAAGAUGAGCAACAUUACACCUUACCAGAGUUUGUAAUGACCAUGUGUCGUAAACAUGGGAUCCUGAAGAAUGAUAGAGUAACACUAUUGUCAUCCAUGGAUCAGAUGGUGGCUGUACAGCUUUGUUUGGCAGAGAAAAAUAAACAGGAUAUUGGCGACUAUGAUGUAGAAUCCAGUACAGCAAUACACCAGUGUAACAAUCUGAUCAAACAGAAAUUAUCAACAUGUACACUAGAUAUAAAGUUAACACAGACAGUAGACGAUUGGCUAGAACAGGCCUAUACACAGUUCAUUAGCAACUGUAACCAAGUAGACAUGUGUGAUAUAUUACAACUGUUAGUGUCAGGGUUUGACAAGAAUGAAAGAAUGAAAAAUGAUCUCCUGUCUACAGAUUUUAUUGUGCUGGGUCUUCCAUCACAUCAAAUACAGAAAUAUAUGCUGAAGUUUUUGUGCAAUGGAAGAACUAUAAAUAAGAUAACAAUGGAGACAUCUUUAGAAAAUAACAGUAAUAUAAGAGUUUUGUCUGUGUCAUCAUCAUUAGACGAGAUACAACUCAAUUCAUCUCAGGAAUUCACUGCCAGUAGAAAUGCUUCUUUAACAGAGUCGUAUGUGAGGAUGGUUCUCCAGUCUUAUUUAGAAUUAUUGGUGAACACUAGAUCUGAGUUAGCUCUAGCUCGAGUUCUGAAUGUCCCUAACAGAGAACUUACACAUGAAGCAUUUACAGAGCUUAAACGAGAGGCAAAGAUGAAAAAUAUGACAAUGUAUCAGACGGCAGUAUCAUAUAUAUUGAAGAUAAGAUUAGGAGGUAAAGGCUAUGCCCCUGACCCUAGUCAUCCAUUGUUACAGUUUGUCAAAGGGUUGGGAGAAUUUGUUGAUCUGAUGCAUAAGUUACAGAAUGUUAUUGAAGAGGAAUCAAAUACAAGGUCAGCUUGUCGUAAAGUUGUUAAUAUCAUAAAGAAAGAACUGCUGAGAUCAACAGAUACUAAGUUACGACAAAGUAGUAUAGAGACCGUCAGUGAAAGUUUACAACAACAGAUUAAAAUGGUUAUUGACCAGACAGAGAGGAACAAGAUGUCUAGUCCAGAUAAAUCUGUCAGUAAUGGUGGAAGUCUGUUGGGAAGGAAAACAUUGACAGCUUUACGUUACAUAACAGACAAGAUACUAACACAACAGGACCAGUGUCAGUCAAUUGAUUAUUUGUGUGACGGUUUCUCUAGUCAGAAAACACCCAUUAGAUUUCCUUCACUGUUAUCACAAUUCAGAUCUCCUGAUGAAGAAAAUGGUGAUGAUGCUGAAGAGAAUUCUGACCUCAGUUUAUCACUCUCAGAAAGAUUAUUGAAAAGACAAUCUGGGGUUUCCUUGGAGACAACAAGAUCAUACCAAGCCUCCUAUGACUGGGCUUUACCAGCCCAUCAUGUAGGUUUACCAAACAAAGAUGACAUCUGUCCAACAAAUAGUCCAGUUGUAGUCCUACCAAGUAAAACUUUGGCUCAUCCUGCUUCAGCAUCUAAGGCAGGCUUAGCAAAGAAGAUUUUAGAAUCCAUCUGUGAUCAGGAAAAUAUACAGAAAUUACAAAUUACAAAGACUUUUGGUGAAACAUGUAAAUCCAAGUCUGUAGAUGUGGUAUCUAGUCAAACAACAAUGGAACUCUCUAGUCAGACAUCUGAUGAAACAAAGGGAAAUGUAGAGAAAGGGGGAAAGAAACGAAAAAACAAUGAAUCAAAUGCUCCAGCAAAGAAAAAGUCCAAAACAGAAACAAAGUCUUGUCGAAGAAAGUUACUACCACAGGUGAAAGGUCAACAACAGUUGUCUACAUUUUUCCGGGUGUAAUUAUUCCAAUAAUAUUACCAGAAUUUAAAAUAUCAGUUUUUUAAAGUUUUAAUGCCAUAUUUGUUUUAGAUUUGAUAUUAAUUAUUUACAAGAUAUUCAAGCAUAACUAGUCUUUCUGUGUAUUAAUUAUUUGUAAAAAAAUUUUGUAUAUGUAAAUGUGUAAAUUACUUAUUUAUUUUUUAAAGUUUGAAACAAAUGCAUAUUAUUUUUAGACAAACGUGUCUGAUAUAGUAAAUCUAAUGAGCUUAUAUUCUGUUUCAUAUAUUUCAAUUCAAAUUGAACAUUGUAGAUUCCAGUGUAGUCUACAUCUAGAUAUAUCAUAAGAACACCAGUCUAUUGGGACGACUAUACAUUGAUAUCUUAAUUUCAUUAGAUUUUUUCGGAUUAUACCCCCUGAUUUCUGAUCAUGAUAUACUUUUGCGGUUCUUAUUUCAUUUCAUCCAUCUGAAUGAUUUUUUGUUUAUCUUUGCCAUGACAUGGACUCUGUCAUAUCUGCACUGUACAGUACUAAUUUGUAUCAGCUUCUCCUCAACCCUGAAUCAGAAUUACAUAAACUUUCUCAGAAUUUUGAAUUGAAAGCAAUCUUAUUAUUGUAAAUGAUAUUAUAGAUAAAAAAAGGUUGUGUUGCUCAUGAUGUAAUUUUAACUGAAAAAUAAAUAAAACAGGAUAACUGAAAUCAAUUAAAUGAAGAAAUCAAUGCCAAAAGAGUAGUCUGCCAACUAAAAGUUAUUUAAUUCUUUACACAGCACUGUCAAUAUAAAAAUAAACAAAUUUAUGUGGAAUGGUUUGCUUAUAAAAUUAGAAUCAUUAUCUAAAACAUUACAAGAGACUUAUACAAGAUGUUUUUGAUAAUGAUUCUAAUUUUAUAAGCAAACCAUUCCCCAUAAAUUUGUAUAUUGACAGUGCUGUGUAAAGAAUUGAACCAACAAUCAGGUCUAGUAAAUGGUUGUGUGUACUUAAGAAUAUAUGUCAUAUCAAAACAAUUUAUAUGAAUCUUUUUCGAAAUAUUUGAAAGAAAAUAAACUGGAAACUUUAAGUUGGAAAUUCCUGAAACAUAUUCUUAUUCUGAACAAUUUUUUUGGUUUACUUUGGAUAAAAUGGACAUGGACUUCGUCAAAUCUGUGCACCAUAGUACAUAUUUGUUUCUGCUCCUCCUAACCCCUUAUGUAAUUUAAUGGCACUUUAUCAGAAUCUAUACCAUAUAAUGCAAUUGUGCACCUCCUAUUUAGUUUUUUGGUUUGAAUGAUUUUUUGGGGAAGUUUCCCUUAGCUUAGUAAAUCUUUGUUAUUGCUUUAUUUUUGGGGUACCCGUUUUGUAUCUGGAACUCCUACAAAACCCCUUCUUACAAUUAGUUGAAAAUUUCUCAUAAUUUUUCUUUACCAUAAAAUGCUUUCCUUCCACCUCUGAUUUUGGGUUUUCAUUACCUAAGCAUGAACUUUGCCAUUACUGUAAAUUCAGAAAUUAUUACGAGGUUUUUAUUAAUGGAAAUAAUGUGACUGGGUGAGUACCUCAAUAAUAAGAACUCGCAUUCUGAUAACCGAAAUAUAGACCUGUAUAAGGUUUUUUUCGAAAUCACAAUUACCAAACUCGCAUUUUUGUCCAUUCUUGAAAAAUCGCAACAAUGAAUGCACGCAAUAAUUUCUGAAUUUACAGUACUUUAUUUGGGGUACUUAUUUUGUAUCUGCAAAUUCUCCUUAACCUCAUAUUUUUUUUUCAAACUUUCUCACAAUCCUAACCAUCAGAAUCACUUUUUGUGUUUCCUUCAUCAAAUCAUGUGUGCACACUACAGUACUAAUUUAUACCCCUUCUCGUAAACCCUGAAUUAGAUGGUUUUCUUUAUGUUCACCCUUCGUGUCUAUAAAAUGAUUUUCUCACAGUUCUUCUUAAUGAAAAUAAGUUAUUAAAUGUUAUUUAGUUAUGUGUUAGAAAUAAAUAUUAUGACCCCCAUUCAUACUAAAAAAAUAAUAUCUAAUUUCAUUUUGAUGAAGUUCUUGUCUGAAAUGUUGAUUGAUAAUGUGCAGCUUAUAAUGACAUUUUUUUAGUCUACAAGGGACUGUAUUUGUAAACUUAUUGAGUUUUUAUUUAUAUUUUAUUUAAUGUCAUUCAUUGUAUUUCUGUGACUGACAAACAUUUAUUCAAUUAUUGUAGUUCAUAUUUUUGUAGGUAAAUCGU